AUGUGCCUAGUUCGCCACCUGGAAAUUGUGAUUGCCAAGAUUGAGGCUCUCUUUUCACCAAGGCAUCCCCCAGUGCGACCUUACUACAGGUCCACGGGUGUUUCACCACCCGGUGAUAACACUCCUGCUUCUCCCCCAUCUUCACCCAGCAUCAGCCUCAAUCCCACCUCUCCAGUAUCUUCACCCAGCGUCAGCCUCAAUCCCACCUCUCCAGUCCAUUAUCCUCAUUCUUCUGAGGAUGAUGGAGGAGACACUGCAUGGAGCAGGUGUUACAGACUGAUUGCAGUGUGUGAGAUGCUGCUGUGUGUUCUCCUGCUGACUGCCAUCACAGUGCUGUGGAUCAAUUACCACAUCCUGAAGAUAGAAAACAUCCAGCUAAAGACCAGCAACAACAACCUGACUAUAGAGAAAGACCAGUUACAGAGGGAGAAAGCUAAAAACCUCAGAAAAAUUUGGAAUUUGGGGAAGUGUGUCAGCUUCAGCUCCAGUCUUUAUUUCAUGUCUAAUGAGAAGAAGAACUGGACUGAGCGCAUAGAGGACUGUAUAAAGAGAGGAGCAGACCUGGUGAUCAUAAACAGCACAGAGGAAGAGAACUUCAUCACUGAACAGCUGAACAGAAGUCGAGCUUGGAUUGAUCUGAGUGACAGAGACACAGAGGGAGAGUGGAAAUGGGUGGACGGUACACCACUGACCCCUGGUUUCAGGAAAUGGGCUUACCAACAACCAGAUAAUGACAGUGGCAAAAAUGAGAAGGACUGUGGUGAGACUGGGUUUCGUGAUGAACAGCAGUGGAAUGACAGACCAUGCUCUCAUGAACAAGGCUGGAUCUGUGAGAAGAGAAAAUAA